CCAAACUUUGCUCAAAUUUGGCACCGGAACUGUCACCGUCGCGCACAGUGCCAGGCGACGCGCAUUCCACAACCACCACAACACAGCGACGACAGAGUGUGUUUGUUUGGCGCACCCGACACGGUCCGCUGCUGCUGUUGCGUUGGCUUCCAUCUCUCGCAUGGAAUCACAGCCAUCAGCUCGCUGUGAGUGUGCACUUGUCUGGAAACAGCUUCGUGUGCUGACGGGCGUCGUCGCCAGACAACAUGAAUGAAGACGAGGCUCAGCGCAUCCUUGAACUCCUGGAGAGCAAGGAUGAACGCAUUCGCACGCUUGAGCAAUCGCUGCUCCGGCUGCAGAGCAGUCAGCACCAUGCGCAGGCCGAGUACCACGAGCUGCAGCGCGUGCAUCGCCUCGAAGUCGACCAGCUGCAGUUGCAGCUCAACCAAACGAGCCAAGAGCUGGCGUCUUUACGCGAGCUCCGUGAUUCGACAGAAAACUUGUCGAACGUGUGCACGGUCUUGCGGUCCGAGAACGAGUCUCUCAAGCAAGCUGUGGACGAGCUCGCGAACAACGCGACUGAGCUGCAGGAUAAGCUCGAAGCCGCAAACAGGCGCGCGGAUCACCAUCUGCAAACGAGUGAAUCCCAGACUGCGCACAUUGAGAGCCUGAAGUUGGCGGUGUGCAAUCGAGACGAAGAGAUUGAACGCCUUCGCGAUCACAUCACAGACUUGCAGCGCGAACGAGCGAAUUGGCAGCUGGAGAAGCGUCACACACACGCGCAAACACAGCUCUCCGUGCGGGAGCUGCAGGAGCGGCUGCGCAUCGAAGAGGAAUCGCAUGAGGACACGUGCAGACAGCUCAACUCAAGCAACGAGAUGCUUGCAAAGGUGAAGCGAAACGUUCAAGAGACGGUGCAGCAGUUUGAGGACCAGCUCUUGGUUCUUCGCCAGAAGCAUCAGGAUGAAGUUGAACACCUCAAAUCGCAGCUGGCGAACCGGCCCGUGCGUCCACCCCUCACAGACACAUCAACACAGACGGAUUCAAUGUCCGACGAUCGCCUGUCCCGCCUUGAGAACCAAGUGCGGGCUGCGCUGCACCGCCCGCCGAGCGGCGCCAGUGGAGACGACGACGACCACGACGGCUUUGGCGAUUCCGACGCGAGCGGAGAUGCGAACGACCGCACCCCGCUGCCGUCGUCAUGCGCGCGCUUCAAGUACCUCUCCCGCCUCAUGGACUUUGACUCGGCACAGCAGCGCGCUGCUGCUCACCUUCGUUACCCGGAUGACAAGUACCUGCACGAGCUGCAAGGCCACAUUCUCGCCAUGAACAAGGAGCACGGGGCGUUUGUUGAUCACCAGCUGCAGGUGCUUGAAGAGGUGCAGCUGCGAUAUGAGGCCGUUCCCGCCAAACUCGCCGGCACAUAUGCACGCGCACAUGAUGCACACGCGCCACGCCUUCGCUCGUCUCGAAGUCGCGCCGGGAAAUUCAAAAUGGGGAUGAACGGUGAUGGUGGCGACGGUGACGAUGAUGGCCGUGAUGAUGACAGCGGUGACGGUGGUGAAACUAAGAUGCACCACAGAAGAGGCACCACCCACAGCAGCAGCAGGUAUAGCGAACGCCGCGCCAACCCCCUCUUUGCUGUGUCGCGCAUGCUUGCAGCAUCACCACCAUCUGCAACAACAACAACAGCAACAGCAGCUGCUGGAGGAAUGGGUGCGCGUGUGUUUGGCGGCAUCGAACACGUGCUGCGAUCCAUUGAACAGAACAUCGAGCGCGUGUCUCAGAGCGCACGUGAGCGUGAGGACGAGUCGAAGCAGAUUGUGCGCAUUGUCCAAGACAAGAUCAAGACGACCAUGUGGCGCCUGCAGGAGGACAUUAUGUCCGAUGUGACCGAUGCGCUCCAGCAAGUUUCCGCCGUCCAGACACGCAAGCCGACCCCGCACGCACCAGAGUCUAACUACACGUCCUGGCUGGAGCGGCGGCUGGUGGAGGCGUUGGCGGCAAACACAAAACUGCGGACCGAGAACACGAUGAUGGCCAAGACGCCAAACGUCGCCGUCACGUCGUACCGCCACUGCGCUAGCAUGCUGGUUGACAGUUUUAGUUCACAGGCUAGCGCCAUGGUGGCUGUGAUUGUCGACGCAUUGUCGCUCAUGCAUUCGUGGCUCCGCUCCCGACGCAACGUGGAGCUUGCGCAACAUUUGUGUUCGCUGCGCGUCAGCAAAUUGGACGAGCUUGCACAAGAGCUCACAAUGCUGCACGCUCGUCACCCGCACCACUCCCUACACCAGCAGAAAGGCGGACAGACGCAUGUGCAUGAGCGCGUGGAUCCUUCCUCGCCGCAGACCAACACCACAGACACGACGACAACAACUGCAACAACAAUGUCGCCUCCCUCAUCCGCAUCACACAUCAGUGGCAACAACAACAACAACAACCACAAGAACAACAGCAACAACAACAACACGGGUGACAGCGCCCACCAUCACCACCGCCACCACCACCGCCACCACGAUGGUUAUACGAACGCCUUCGCGAACGACGACUCCAACUGCUCUGUGGAGGAUGACGAGCUGCCGUGUGUUGCGGCUGUUGAGGGCCUUGCGUCCGAAGUUGCGGACAUUUUCUCCGCUCAGGGGGACGUCAUCUCCAAGACGCUUGUGAGCGAGCUCUCCAUCCAGACGCGCACGCAGCAGCUGUAUGUGUCACUGAGCAGCACAGCAGCGGCGCUACAGGGCACGCUGUCCGCUCUGCAAGAAUCCCUCUGCCUCACAUCGCAACCAACACCUACAGCAGCAGCAGCAACAACAACAACAACAACAACAACAACAACAACCGCGAGUGGGGCGACAGCGACAGGCAAACACGAAGAAAGUGUGGAUGUGGUGCAACAGUUUGCGCGCGUGUGUACAGAACUGCAAAGCGCAACGAGCGUGGCCGUGGGCACCAGCACUGGCGGUGUUGGGAGUGGUGUUGAUGUUCUGUCGGAGACGGAACCACGCCUGAAGCGCCAGCCGCGAAGCAGAGGAACACAGACAGCCGAUGCCGUUGUGGACGUACGCAAGCACCGACGCGAGUUGCGUUCUGUCAAGACGCUGAACCAGGAGCUUGCGUCACGUGUGGAGCUGUUGGAGGAGCGAAAGGACCAGCUUGAAGCGGAACUCAAGUCCGCACAGCAAAAGCUCGUGCACCACCGCAAGGAAAUUGACAUCAAGCGCCACUGCAUCGAGGACCUGCGUGGCCGCCUGUCUGCAACGAAGGACGAUCACGCCACCUGCGCAGAGCGAUACGAGCUUCUGCAGCGCAAGCACGCGUCUGCAAAGGCGGAACUGCGUCGCCUCUCGCAGCGAACGAAGCAACUCCAGGACGAGCGCGAGAAGUUGCACGCGGCAGAAUCGGAGCACCGCGCCGCCGAAGAGAAAAUGGCGAAAAUGGCCGAUUUGAGCAAGUCGACGCGGCGCGAGGUGAAGCGGGAGAAGGAGCGCUCGUCGCGACUGGCGGCAGAGGUUGAAGAGUUACAGGAGCAGCUGCGGUGGGCGCAGCAGGAGUACGUCGAGUACCAGCAGCGCGCCGCUCUCAACGCAAAGCAGCUGCAGGACGAAAUCCAGCAUCUGCGCGCUGCGUAUGAGGACAUGUCACACGAACUGGACGAAAAGCGGUCGUCCUUUGGACACAAACACUCGCAGGGCACACAGACUGCCGACAGCGGCGUCGACUCGUCUGGGUCCGAGACGGCGUUCAGUCAGGACCGCGUCAUGCGCAACGUGCAGUCGCUGCUGAAUCUCACAGACUCGGAGCUCUUCAACAUCCUCAACGCCUGAUGAUACACGAUGGUGAUGGCGGUGGUGGUGGUGGUGGUGGUGUUUUGUAUGCAGGAGUGAAGGAGUGUAGCGUGGGUCUUGGGUGUGCACACGUCCGACACGUCCUGUUCCUCGCCGCCAUCUGCUGUGAUGGUGGUGGUGAUGGUGGUGGUGUCGAGCUCACUGCUGCAGCUAUUAGAUUUUGAUGCCGUUUGUUUGUGAUGCUUGCGUAAGCUGUGCAAUGCACCACCCGCAUCCUUGAGUUAUCGCUGACACGAGCGCGCACGGUGUAGCUCCUCCUUUGAUAAUGUAUCUCAUUCAUUGUGUAUAUUUCAUGAUCUCAUGCAUGGCAUCUGUAUAUUCGUAUCUAUCGAUUCAAGCGCACGCGCUGUGUCACCCCACGCACGCACACACGGAUUCAAUAAACGCUCUUGUGGA